GAGGUGGCAGCAUGGCUGAGCAGGACACAGCCACAGGCUGCCCAGGUGGGAAGCAGCAGCAGCAGCCAGCUUUCACCUGGGAGGUGAGGGCCAACGACCGUGGCUACCACAGGCAGUGCAAGAAGAAAUCUGUCUUCUGCCUGAGCAAGAGGAAAUACUCGGGCAAUGCCAUCAGGACAGCCAAGUACAACCUGCUCACCUUCCUGCCCCUCAACCUCUACGAGCAGUUCCACCGCAUGGCCAACGUCUACUUCGUCUUUGUCAUCCUCCUCCAGACUUUUCCUGAGAUCUCCACGCUGCCCUGGUACACUCUGCUGUUCCCCCUGAGCUGCCUUCUCAUCAUCCGGGGGCUUCGAGACCUCAUUGAUGACAUUGGCCGUCACCGCAGUGACAGGAAAAUCAACAGCAGGCCCUGUGAAAUCCUGGAUGGGAAGAGCUUCCGCUGGCAGAAGUGGCGCGACAUCUGCGUCGGGGACAUCGUCCGGCUGCGCAAGGACAGCGUCGUGCCGGCUGAUCUGCUCCUGCUGUGCAGCUCCGAGCCCAGCAGCCUGUGCUAUGUGGAGACCGCUGACAUUGAUGGGGAAACAAACCUGAAGUUCAGACAGGCCCUUCUGGUGACCCACCAGGAGCUGGGGAGCGAGGAGAGCAUGGCUGCCUUCGAUGGGCGGGUGAUGUGCGAGGAGCCCAGCAGCCGCAUGCUCACCUUCUCGGGCGCGCUGCGCUGGCGGGGCCGCAGCCACGGGCUGGACAGCGGCCGGAUCCUCCUGCGGGGCUGCCGCGUCCGGAACACCGCGCUGUGCCACGGGCUGGUGCUGUACGCGG